GUGGCUUAUUACCAUUGUUCACUCCCCAGUCUCCGUUUCAGUCUUCACCAACAACGCCUUUCACACCUGUCAAGACAAUACAAUCAACCUUCCUAUUACCGCUAUUUUACACAAACCCACCCACAAACCGAAUAUGGAUGUUCUGAAAUACGGCAUUUGCCCUCGCAUUUUCCUUUGCCAGAACAACUCGAACUUGAACUUUGUCGCUGGACGCUGCGCUGGCGUCUCUCCCUACCACCUGUGAAGCAGUCAAAGGCCUCUUCGCACAACAAAAAUUACACUCUCCUGUCGUCGACCGUUCCUUUAAAGAUCAACCAUCGCGCGCGAAUACCGCCGACUCUCCCACUAUCCAACCCAUGUCCCACCUCGAUCCAGCCGCGCGACGACGCGCCGAGCUUCCCGCAAGCAUCAUCUUCACCCCGAAAGAACUGAAGCACUACCGCCGAUGGCAGCUCCAGUCGCAGUCAUAUUUCGAUACCGAUUCGAUCGGCCACCUACCGUCCGCACUGGAGUACAGCAGAUUCAAGACAUGGCGCGAGCAACAGGAGCGCAUGGACAUGAUGAUGCCCGAUCCUUUCCGCUGGGGAGAUGAACUGGCGGCCCACAUGAGCCCUCCCACGGCGACCACGUCCCACAACAACACGGCCCCGCUGUCACCACCACUUUCCGAGUGCGAAGUCGACAAUAUCGCCACCGUGUGUGGACACGCGCUCCACCCUGCCAUUCCAACCAAAGAGCAAGCGCAAUGUCCGACAUGCAUCAUCAAGGCUCACCUUCAAUAUUUUGGCCUUUUGACGGAUAAACUCGCGUCAGCCGGAGGACCCGUAUGCCACAAAAAAUCAAAAGAUCCUCGCGGCAUUCAACAACAGACAUAUGAAGCCUGGUACUGCGGCAAACUCGAUCUGGUCCGGACGGUAUAUACAAUACAAACAUGGGCCAUGCAAGAAGAAUCAUGGCAAGUUGCUGACGUGGACAGCGACUUGAAGGACCGUCACUCCGCACACGAAGCGCUCAUGACAUAUUGGCAGACAGUGGAUAAUGCCACCAGCGACGAGAAUAGUUCCUCCAGGCCCAGUGAGCCAGAGAUUGAGCCCGAGAUGACAACACUGAAAAGGAAAGACAGCGGGCGAGAGAGGACUGUGGAUUUCACACAAGAUACCCAUUUCGGCGAAGGCCGACCCCAAGCGUACUUCCGCAAGGACAGUCCGCGUUACGAACCUAAGAUACCCACCAACGAUCAUGACGAGGAUGAUGAAGUCGCCGAAGAUGACUAUGAAGAAGAAGACGGAGAGGGCAGCAACAUCGAAAUCUCCCCUGAACACGCCUUCAGCGACGAAGAAGAGGAAGACGAAGAUUUCAGUGACGGAAUGAGCGAAUGCACAUCCGACGAUGGCUACAGCACAUGUACUGAAGAAGGGGAUUGGUGCGGUAUCACUUUCGAUGCGGCCCUCGAUGACGAGGCUAGCUACAUUAUUUUCGAAUGAAUCAAUGAAAAAAAGUUGAAACUUUUCA